UCCCAACCGACUCCGAGUCUCACUCCUCAGUCUCUCACUGCGUUGAUGCCCAAACAAGUUGUGCUGGUAACUGGUUGCUCUGCAGGAGGAAUAGGCUACAAACUCUGCGAACGAUUUGCUGCCGAAGGAUGUCGCGUAUUCGCAACAGCUCGUCGCCUGGAAGCCAUGUCUGGUCUAGCAAGCAAUCCCCUUAUUUCGCUGGCAACCCUGGAUAUUACAAACGAUGCUGAUGUGCAACGCGUAAUGAAGCUCAUCUUGGAGGAGACUGGUCGCAUCGACAUCGUCGUGAACAACGCUGGGCUUGUGGGAAUUGGCCCUCUUAUUGAACAAACUCUUGAUACUGUGAAGGCCGUGUUUGACGCAAACACAUUCGGUGCCUUGCGUGUAGCCCAAGCGGCAUUUCCACAUAUGGCAGCACGCAAGAGCGGAUUAAUCGUGAAUAUCGGGUCGGUUGUGGGAGAUGUACCCGUUCCCUGGAAUGGUCUAUAUUCGUCGACCAAGGCGGCCAUGCACUCAAUGAGCAAUAUACUUUCGAUGGAACUCCAACCGUUCAAUAUCAAAGUCCUAAACGUUGCCCCCGCUGCCAUUCGCUCCAAUAUCGCAGCAAAUGGUGCUGGAUUUAGGCAAGUUGGCUCCAUCCCUUGGCUAGCCAAGACUGAUCAUGUCGUUCAAUUAGGGCCUGCUACGAUGCCUGCGGAAGUGUUUGCGCGGAGAGUUGUCAAAGCGGCGUUGCAAAGGAAUCCCCCUACCCACAUGACACUUGGUGGAAACGCUUGGAUUUUCAAACCUCCCCAAAUUCAGCAGUUCAAGGAGGCGUUUCAACUUAUUGAUCACGACAAAGAUGGUUGGAUCGGGGAGAAGGACUUGAAAGAGAUCUUCGCCAGUCUAGGCAUUACGCCAUCGUCAUCGACUCUGGACGAGCUUCUCAAAUCACGACCUGGAGACACGCCUGCCCAUGGGGAAGAACGCGGCGUAAACUUUACGAUGUUUCUUACUAUGAUGAGCGAACGACUAUUUGAGUUCGACACGGAGGCCGAGCUCAUCACCGCCUUUGAGAGCUUCGACGAAGCCGAUGCAGGUGUGGUCCGGGUGGAGGAAAUGCGCAAAUGGUUGAGUGAAGUAGGAGAACGAAUGGGCGAACGAGAGAUCGACAAGUUACUAAAGGGGCCGUUUACCGACCGGCAAGGCAACUUCAAUUAUCGAGAAUGGGUCAAGGUGUUACGGGUGAACGAAGACGACGAACAGCCUGUAACCUAG